GUGUGCGGGUGGUGAUGUCAGUCAGCCGGUCAGGUAGGUAACGCUGAGCUGCUUAAGGAAAUGCUGUAACAUUUUCAAUCAAUUAAAAGAGUCAAGUCCAGUAUUAGCCACUAUGGAUAAACUCAAAUCGGUUUUAAGCGGUGAGGAAUCACGCAGAGAUGAUAGGACAAUUUUGCAGACUGUGAACGAGGCGUCCACGCUGGGAUGGGGGACUCGGGUGAAAGGAUUCAUCGCCUGUUUUGUGGUCGGGGGAGUGUCCGCCAUUCUCGGUGUGUGUUUACUUUUCCUCCCUAGGAUUGGCCUCAUCCUCUUCAUAGUUUUCUACACCUUUGGCAACAUUUGUACUCUGUGCAGCACCAUGUUUUUGAUGGGCCCCAUGAAGCAGCUGAAAAGGAUGUGUGACAAGACAAGAGCACUGGCGACCACCAUCAUGCUUACUUGUCUUGUGUUGACGUUGUGUGCCGCUUUCUGGUGGAAAAACUUUGGCCUGGCGUUGUUGUUCGUCAUCCUGCAAGUGUUGUCGUUCAGCUGGUACAGCCUUUCGUACAUCCCGUGUGUCAGGGAUGCCAUUUUGAGGUUGGUGGCCAUGUGCAUGAAAUGAAAGGUUCGACUGCAUCGAUGUUUUUAGAGCUGGAGAGGUCUCUCCAUUUUUUUUUUCUUUUUAAAACAUUUUUAUUGUAUUUUAUUUUUAAUAAAUGACAUAGGGGGUGCAUGUAUGUCAUGUAUACUUCAUUAUAUAUGAUUUUGUGGCAUGUCCACACACAACUGUGCCUUAGUGGUACAAAAGCUGCUGAUCUCGAUGUUUGUAUUGUUUUUAAAUGUAUGCUUCCAAAUUCAAGUGCUUGUUUCGUGUUAUUGUUGUUGUUAAGAGUCAAAACUUGUCAUAUUGAAAUAAAAAUCAUGAAUAUAUUGUUAUAGUUUUUUAUGACAAUGCAGUCAACAUUUGUGAGAUGUUUUUGAUGGUAAUAUGAUAAGGAGUUCUAAAAAUUACGAUUUUUUUUUUUUUUUUAAA